GCAAAUUAACCUUACAUAGUUGAUCGAAUUAAAGAAGCUUCAAUCAAGUGUAAGAAUAUGCGAGAAAAGAGAAAUGAUUCUGUAGACUUUGUCAAGGACUUUCAAGAGUAUCUCACUCAGCAAACACAGCAUGUAAACAUGAUUUCUGGUUCAGUGUGUAAUGAUAAGGACCCAGAAUUACUUCAGCCUGCUGGGACAGAAAAUCAUCAAAAUGGAAUCCACCAUGCUUCAGUUGAAGUUUCUCUUGAUGAUGGCUCUGGAUUGAUAGGAGAAGGGCCAGAAAGGACAGUUGAUGGAAAAUUAAAGUGUCAGUAUUGUAACUAUGCCAGCAAAGGGAUAGCACGACUGAUGGAGCAUACCAGAAUGCACACAGGUGAAAAGCCCCACAGAUGCCAUCUAUGUCCAUUUGCUUCAGCUUAUGAGCGUCAUCUUGAAGCACAUAUGCGCUCACAUAGAGGUGAAAAACCAUAUAAAUGUGAGCUUUGCUCGUUUCGCUGCAGUGAUCAAAGUAAUUUAUCCCACCAUCGUAGGCGCAGGCAUAAACUACUUCCUCUGAAAGGACGCAGGACAUCAUUGACCAAUAAGAGAAUGAUGGGAAUUUUGCAGAAAAAAUCCAGCUACUCCCUGAACUAUGGAAGAAGACCUCUAAAUAACUUUGGACCUUCCAUGUUGACACAGAAGACAACAGAUUACCUUGAUGAAUAUUCUCAUAACAUCUCAGCUGAAUCUUAUGAGGGCCUGACAAAAGCACAAACUAGUGGUAUCUCAAGGGAUGUACAGGAAAUGAUGGUAGAUAAUCCAUUAAACCAGCUUUCUGCCUUAGCUGGCCAGCUUUCCAGCCUUUCACAAGAAGACCAAACUCCAGCAUCUUCUGAUGUGACAUGCAGAGAUGAAAAGCCUUAUCUGAUACCACAGUCUGUAGCGCCAAUAGUUACCACUGUAGUUUCCAGCGUGGCUCAAAGCUCAUCCAAUGCUAGCCCUGAUAGACAUCCUGUGCACAAUCAAAGAACAUUCAGUCCAGUGCCAGGCCCCAACAGUGAGCGCAGUGCUCACAUGAGUUCACCCUGCAUGACGAACAGCCAACCUAGCACUCCUGCACCUCCAAUUCAAGUCCAGGAUCCACAGCUUCUGCAUCACUGCCAACACUGCGACAUGUAUUUUGCAGACAAUAUACUUUACACUAUUCACAUGGGGUGCCAUGGUUAUGAAAAUCCAUUUCAGUGUAAUAUAUGUGGUUGUAAAUGUAAAAACCAAUAUGAUUUUGCUUGUCAUUUUGCCAGGGGUCAACAUAAGCAAACUUAA